ACAGACACGGGCAAUGAGGCUCAACCACCUCGCCUGAACCAACGCCCUCUACCCCGACCAAACCAAACCAAACCACCACACCCACCGGGUCCCUCGCAACAACAACACCACCACCACCAGAAAAUGGCCUCCUCAACCCAACCCUUCGGCUCGCGCUCCUACGCCGCCGGCAAAUUACCCGACCGGUCCCUCAACGCCGCCAACGCCCUCCCCUUCAGCGCGUCCUCAUUCUCGCGCCACCGCGUGCACUCGCAAGCCCACGGCCAAGACACGACGAACCCGCUGAGUCGAUUAACGGAGGAACAGCGGGAGGAGAUUAAUGAAGCUUUCACCCUCUUCGACCUCGACCGCGACCGCCACCUGGACUACCACGAACUCCGCGUCGCCUUCCGCGCACUCGGCUUCUCCCUCCCCAAACAAGAACUCAUCUCCUUACUCACGACCUACGGCGUACCCCGGCCCCAAGUCCAGCAACAACAAGCCCAAGCCCAAUCGCAAAACCACCCCACCCCGCAGAACCCCCCGCAACCCCUCCAGAAAUCCACCACCACCAACAACAACCCCCAACACCCGUCCAAUCUCCUCAUGCCCCUCAGCGCCUUCCAGGCCGUCACCGCCUUGAAAAUUCUGGAACGGGAUCCGCGCGACGAGAUCCUGCGGGCGUUCGAGCUGUUCGACGAAGGUGGGAAGGGGUACAUCGAUCUGGAGGAUCUGCGGCGCGUGGCGCGGGAGCUGGGCGAGACCGGGCUGGAGGAGGAGGAGCUGCGGGCAAUGAUCGAGGAGUUUGAUUUGGAGGGGGUGGGCGGUGUCACCAAGGAGGCGUUUGUGAGUAUUUGUUGGCAGUAGGCCCUCGAAUUCUUGGGGCUGGGGGAGUGAGUCUUAAAGUAAAGUGGAAGUGAUAGGUUUAGGAUAUUUGAGGCGAGAGGUU